AUGUCUCAAGAUCGAGGCCGCAGUGGCGGUGGGUUCCCCACACGAGGUGGUGACCGAGGACGCGGUGGUGGUGAUCGAGGAGGUCGCGGUGACAUCAACCUUGUUGUUGGUCGCGGCCGUCCUGACUACCGUGGCGGUGGUGACCGAGGCCGCGGCGGUGGCCGCGGAGGUUUCGCUCGUCCUGAGAUGGGUCCUGGCAAAAUGUGGGAAAACGUGCCCGCAAUCAACACCAAGAACAUUCAGUUCGAGGAAGCUGUCACCAAGACAAACAAAGAUCAGAAGGCCAAGAUCGGUGAGAUUGCUCUGCGUCCAUCAUACGGAACAUUAGGAAAGAAGACGAAUCUUCGAGUCAACUUCUUUGCCAUGGAGUUCAAGCCUGGAGUCACUUGGUUUUGCUACAAGGUUGGUAUUAAGCCCGAGCCGAGUCCCCGCCGCCUCUUGAAGGAGAUCUUCUGGAAGUUGCUGCAAGAUCCUCGUAUCAAGACUGUACAUGGAGCAUCAGAUAGUGCUGCUGAGGUGAUUACUGUGGGAAAGAUCACUGGAUCUCUUGCCUUCAAGAUCGGCCUCGAAGCCGGCGUCAAGAAGGAAGACAAGGUUUACGACGUUACUCUGUCUGAGGGAAUUGAAAUCGACCACAAAGUUCUGAACGGCAGCCUUCUUGAUUUGAAGCAGGAACAUGUUCCUUCGGAGCUCAUUGCUGUUCGAGCAUUGAACAUCCUUAUGGCUGGAUAUCCUGCUGAAGAUCCAAAGGGUGUUGCAAUUAUCGGGAAAGGACGCAACAAGUACUUCUGGAUUGAUGAACGCAAACAGAAUGCUGACCUCUCCGGUGGACUCGAGUGUGUUCGUGGUUUCUAUUCCAGUGUUCGACUUGCAGCUGGCCGUGUUCUCCUGAACUUAAACGUGAAUCACAGUGCCUUUUUCCGCCCUGGCCCAUUGCAGAAUCUGAUGAUGGAAUUUGAACGCAACUGGGGAAAUGACCCUCAGCUUCUCAACCGGUACAUUCGCGGUGUUCGAGUUGAGCUUAAUCAUCUGAAGCCUGAUCUCAAGAACGGCAAGUUUCGUCAGCGCUCUAUCUGGGGUCUUGCAGCACCUCGUGAUGGUCAUGGAAACCCGAAUCCUCCCCGCAUCAAGUUCAUGGGUGCUGGUCCUGACGAUAUUCAGUUUUAUGAAUCCGACCGAGAGCACCCAGCUUACCCUAGUAUUCAACUUCGGAAUACUCAGAAGCCUUGUGUGAACAUUGGCAAUUCCUCCAAGCCCGUCUACGUUCCUAUGGAGGUCGCCUCUGUCCUUCCUGGCCAGGUUUACAACGGUGAACUUCACACUACUCAACGCCAGAACAUAAUCAAGCACAGCUGCCGUCCACCUUCGGCCAAUUUUGCAUCGAUAAUUGAUGAUGGACUCAAAUUGAUGGGUGCUUACGGCAAAGAGACUAUGGUCCGUGGUUUCAAAAUCGCUCCUGAAAUGUGCGCUUUCCCGGGACGGAUUCUCAGUGCUCCUAAUCUGCGAUAUGGAAACGUUCGAGAAACUCCUCGCGGUGGUUCUUGGAACCUGAUGAAGAAGAAGUUCACCGAGGGUGGCAAGUGCAACUCCUGGGGCUGCCUCGUUCUUUUCCGCAAAUACGGUCUUCAAGGUGAUAUUGCCCGGGCUAUGGGGUCCUUCCAGGCUCAGUUGAAGUCCCUUGGUGUCAGUGUUCCCAAUCCAGGACCGACUAAGAGUGUCGAGCUCCAUGACCGAAACUGGCGUGAGCAGGUCGAGACUGUUAUGCGGGAGGCCAAGUCCCACUUUGAGUUGUUGGUCGUUAUUCUUACCACCAUGGAUGAGAAGACCUUCAGCUGGGUGAAAUUUGUCGGAGACUGCCGCGUUGGUAUACUAAACCACUGCAUGCAGGCUGAGAAGUUCAUGAGGGGAGAUGUGCAAUACCUUGCCAAUAACGCCAUGAAGGUAAAUUUGAAGCUGGGAGGCGUCUGCCAGAUGCUCGACCAAGCAUCUCCUAUCAUGGCCCGCACCAUGGUUGUUGGUCUUGACGUGACCCACCCGUCUCCUACGGACCCCGAGUCUUUCCCAAGUCUCGCAUGCAUUGUUGCUAGUGUUGACGGUCGGGCCGGACAAUGGCCUGGAGAGAUUCGCAUCCAAGAACGUCGUCAAGAAAGUGUCAUUGACUUGAAGCCCAUGCUUCAGAGCCGCCUUCAACGAUGGAAGAAGGGAAACAAGGACCAACUGCCCGCUAACAUCCUCGUCUAUCGCGACGGAGUGAGCGAAGGCCAGUAUAUGAUGGUCCUGGAAAAGGAACUGAGAGAAAUCAAGUCUGCUAUCGAGGCAACCUACAAGACUGCGACUCAACCCAAGGUGACUGUUAUUGUAGUUACCAAGCGACACAAUGUUCGAUUCUAUCCUACAACCAAGGCAGACACAGAUAAUAAGAUGAACGCACACAAUGGAUCUAUACUUGAUCGCGGAAUCACUCGCCCGAGACAGUGGGACUUCUACUUGCAGGCUCAGUCCGCUCUCCAGGGAUCUGCCCGCCCAGCUCAUUAUAUUAUCAUUCACGAUGAGAUCUUCACAAAUGACCCCAAGGCUGUUGACAAUGUGCAGGAAAUCACUCACAACAUUUGUUACUUGAUGGGACGCUGCACUCGCUCUAUCUCCUACGCUACCCCUGCGUUCUUGGCUGAUAAGUUCUGUGAUCGAGCUCGCAAGUAUGCUCGUGCCUACUACAGCCAGGAAGCAGAUGUCCGCGGCAACCCUCAGAAUGUUCCAGCUCCCUCGGAUUCUGUUGUGCGUCUCGCGACUUCGAUGUCCGAGCGCAUGGUCUACAUCUAA